AUGAAAAACAGAUUCAAAUCCUUUGAAGUGACAACAAACAACAAUGGUACCCUUCCAAAGAACAAGACAAAACCUGUUAGGAACAAUGCAUAUGAAUCACCACACUACACAACAGUGCAAUCAAAGCCAGUACCAAUUAUUUCAACAUCUAACUAUGGGGAUAAUAACAUAGAUCAUGAUUACUAUCCUUAUAAUCAAUACAAAGAGAAUAGAGAUCAAUCCAUCGUAACGCCUAAUCUGGUGGAAGAAAUGGUUGAGAAAACAGUCAAAUCACUCAUGAGAGAGAUGAUGUUAAUUUUAAGUGAUCAAUCAGAUAAUAUCAAGAUAAUGAAUCAACAUGCAGAGCACCAUAAGCAGAGAAUUGAAAAAUUGGAGGAUCAACAAGUAAUAUUGGAAAUGUUGAGUCAAGAUAAGCUUCACUUGUCUAAUCUUAUUGCUGGUACAUCAAAGGACAUAUUAGAAAAAAUAAUUGAAAUUAAAAAAGAUCAAUCUGAGGAAGUAAGAAAGUUGCAACACUCAAAUGAAACUGAAACAAAAGCGUUAGAUACCAAACUUGACAAGAUGCAAAAGUCAUUGGAUGAUGUUGUUGAUGAAGUUAGGAAAUUGGAUGAAAAGAUGAAUAAUCUCCACGUGCUUUACAGUGAAUUGAAAUUCAAAGGAAAUCCAUCCAAACCCUCAAUGCUUUCUACUUUUUUAGGGAGGGGAAAAGAGCCAGUUCAAAAAGAAACCAAGUUGGUAGCUUCUCAACCUUUCUACUCUACUGUUUCAUUCUCUGUAUUCCCAAAUUCUGGUUAUGAAAAAGCAACUGAUCAAUUAAUCAAUUUGAUAGGUGAACAAUGUAAUUCUAACCAGACCUAUAUCAAUUUUAAAACCAAGACCAAAAUUGAAGAGUAUGAGAAUGGUGAAAAGGUUCUCUUCAUUAGAUAUUGUGGAAGUACCAGAUUUGAAAGUCCAGACGCAAGUGCCCUCUUGGAAAAGGGAUGUAAAAUUGUUUUCAUCUUGUUGACUUAUGGAGAUAAGACCAUUGAUAUCAAAUUACCAUCACAAUUCCAAAGUUGUGCAUUUAUGCAAAUUCAAAUCAAUGGAAUGUAUUAUCACAACACUCAAGAUUUGGUUGGAAUGCAUGAUCAAAAGCAAUGCAAAUUAUUCCAAUUAAUUACUAGCCAAUUUACAGAGCAAUAA